AUGCCAUCUGCAGUUCCAGAACAUGGUGACGAGGCCAGUGACUUCAUUCCAACUCACCCGCUCGGGCUGAAGCCUCUGGGCAAUCAGUAUUUCUACGAGGGGCCAAAUGCCCGAAGAAACAUUGGCACAUGGGCAGCUCUGCCCGAGGAGAUGCUUGCCCUUGUCCUUGAGGGUUUCGACAAGAGCUCCCUGCUGAGUCUUGGGUCUACUUGCAAAUACAUGUAUGCUUCUUGCCAUUCUGAAGAAUUAUGGAAAGCCUUGUACCUACGUUCUAAAUCAACGGGCAGCUCGCCUAUGGACUGGCGUGGCUCUUGGAGGUCGACUGUCCUUCAACUUGAUAGCGACAAAGAGGCAAAGGUUGACUGCGGCAACGUCUUUUCCGAUGUCCUGCAUCGACCAUUUGCUUGCAGCAACAUUGAGCUGGCGAAAUUUGCCAGAGGAAUACCGAAGAUGAACCAGAUUCGCCGGUUCGAGAACCUGACAUACGAAGAGUAUGCUGAGAAGUGGACAGAACAGCCUUUCGUCUUGACGAAAUGCAUACAAGAUUGGCCAGUCAACUCCGAAUGGACCAUGGACUCCCUGCUCGCCAAAUAUGCCGAUGUCGAGUUUCGUGCCGAAGCCGUCGAUUGGAAGUUUUCACAGUACUGUGAAUAUAUGAAGAGGAACAGAGACGAGAGCCCCCUUUACCUCUUUGACCGAAAAUUCGCGGAGAAGAUGGGCCUCAAGGUCGGACACAUGGAAGGUGCCGCAUAUUGGCGGCCAGACUGCUUCGGACCGGACCUGUUUGAAGUCUUGGGAGACGAGCGGCCAGCUCACCGGUGGUUGAUUAUCGGCCCCGAACGGAGCGGCUCUACUUUCCACAAGGAUCCCAACGGCACGAGUGCCUGGAAUGCCGUGAUUCAGGGGUCCAAAUACUGGAUCAUGUUUCCACCCACGGCCCAGGUACCUGGAGUCUACGUAUCCUCGGACAGCAGCGAGGUGACAAGCCCGUUGAGCAUUGCUGAGUGGUUGCUCACGUUCCACGCUGAGGCGAGACAGAUGCCCGAGUGCGUGGAGGGCAUCUGCAAUGCUGGGGAGAUUCUCCAUGUACCGAGCGGGUGGUGGCAUCUUGUGGUGAAUCUCGAACAGGGCAUUGCGCUUACGCAGAACUUUGUUCCGCAGUCUCCGAGUCUGAAUCUCGUCUCCGAGGUCCUGUCGUUCCUGAGAGACAAACCUGAUCAGGUGUCGGGCUUCUCGCGAGAUGUGGAAGAUCCAUUUGGGCUUUUCACGGCGCGGCUCAAGCACGAGUACCCGGAGGUGCUGGAGAAGGCGCUGGAGUUGGCGGAUAAGAAGAACGGCAAGAAGAGGAAGUGGGAUACAGCGGUGGGCCGAGACGAAGAGCAGGCUGAAGGGUUCAGUUUCAGUUUCGGCUUUGGGGGCGACGAUGAUGACGAGAUACCCUAA